GGCUUGUCUUGACAUACACACACAAAAGGCAACAAGCAGAAAAGCAAACCUAUGCGAACCUUUGUGUUGACAAGACAGCCGAUAAGUGUAGAUCACAACCGGAAGAAAACAUGGCGUUCUUCGGGCUCACACAUUUAGGGCACCAAAACAUCUUAAGGGAAGCGACGAUUGAAGCGAAACUACAGCGGGGUCAUACCACUCUGGGGUUUACAGCCCUGCCCCCACUGACAGCUAGUAACACCCGGCAGAGAUCGAUCGUACCCAUAAACCAGACGUCAGGCUACGGCCCCGGCCAUCAGGGAUCGUACGUAGAGUACACGAAAAUGAGGACGAAGCAUAUUAGAAAUCACACAGAUCCGAUGUCCAUCUACAGAUAUCCGUUGACCACGAGUCAGAACUACGGUUGGCUUAGAAUGGAUAGAUCUCUGAGGGAAAAACUACCUUGGACCCAUGUGGCUCGUUACCCACAAGUCAACAGUGAAAUGACAAGAUUUGUGGAUGAAAUGGCAACGACCAACCGGGAAUUCCGACUGUUUUGAGCUGCCUAUAUUUACGAUCACUUCCUUUGUACUGCCUCCCUGGUUUGUCCGGCCUUCCAGAGUCUUUUGUCUACCAGCACAUCAACUUCGUCUUGCCAGUGUGUCUGGAUGCAUGCGCCGUGCAAAACAAAUAUUUAUAUUCUUUAUGUCAGAUUGUCCAUUCUUGCUCCUGUUGAUGAAAGAGACCAAUACCACAGUAUUAAGCCAGAAGGUUGUAGCACGUGUUUGUAAAACGUUACCUCUAUAGCGGUGUUAAGACAUAAUAACUGUACACAUUAAUUUAUGAGGUGACCCACUUUUGAAUGGAAAGUUAUGAAACCGUUUAUUAGCCUGAUGUUACGGUGACGUUAUGGCUGACUGAUUCACCCUGAGGCAAGAUAAAGCUCCUUUGUUUCUUUCGAUAUACUUUCAAAGAAGCCCAAUGAAACUUGUCAUCUCGCGGGAACCGAAUUAAUAAUACACGGUUAAAAAAUAAGAAAACAAAUAAUUAUAUGGAAGAAAAAAUUGCUGGAUGCAAAUGGGGCAGCGUAGAAUGUCACACGAGUCUUGCAAAGAUGUGUAUUUUGUUUAUACUGUAUUAAAUAUGUGAGUAAAGAGGCUCU